UUGACCAGGGCGAAGGGCGUGCCCGCGACAGACCACACUCACCCCAGCCCCCACCCCCUCUGCAUUCUACCGGGGAACGGCCGGAGGAGACGCCGAAACGGAUCGUGUAGGGACCAGCAAUGAAGGCCAAACCCGAGCUUAGCCGCACAGAUGACGCCGCGGUCGUACCUCAGAACCCCAACCGUCCUGAGUGCUGCGUCAGGCGGCUCCGCAAAGAAAUUUCCAACAGGAGACAGGGCAGCUUUAAAAUAAAGAUUCUGAGUCCUGCACUCCGUGCGUCCUGUGACCGUUCCAGCCCUGUGCUGGAAACACUGCCGCCUCGCCCGGGAAGCCGCCUUGUAGACCGGUUCCUGCCCUGUCUGCGUUCCUCUCUGCAGUUGAGAAAUUACAGCGGCCUCUUGGUUGCCGGCGCCUGGCUCUCGGUGGGGACUCACCCGGAAGUUGCCGCUACCGCAGGUGGCGCGGCCGCUUUGCCAUGGCUACGGCCGCUCGGCGACGCUUCUGCCGCUGUGCCUGCUUCUGCUCUCAGAACCUGUACGUGGCGCGCUACGGGCUGCACCUGCGCUUCCGGGACGAGCAGCAGUUGCGCCGUGACUAUGGCCCGCUCCUGCGCAGCCGAGGCUGCGUCAGUUCCAAGGACUUCCAGCAACUCUUGGAGGAGCUUGAGCAGGAGGUGGGGCGCCGGCGCAGGCUGGGGCAGGAAUCAGCUGCUAGAAAAGCCCUCAUUGCCAGCACCUACCACCCAGCGAGGCCUGAUGUCUACUGCUCACUGCAGGACGCGGUUCUGGCCCCUGAGUUUGUGGCUGCAGCUGAAUACAGUGCAUCCCCCGGUGCAGGCCUUGAGGGCCUUCUCCAGCAGCUGGAGAUAGUGUCAGAGGAGAAGCGCAUCUACCGGGUGCCUGUGUUCUUGGCGGAGUUCUGCCAGGCCCUGCUGGAGGAGCUGGAGCAUUUCGAGCAGUCGGACAUGCCCAAGGGAAGGCCCAACACCAUGAACAACUAUGGGGUACUGAUGCACGAGCUAGGCCUCGAUGAGCCACUGGUGACACCACUGCGGGAGCGCUUCCUGCAGCCACUGCUGGCCUUGCUGUACCCGGAGUGUGGUGGGGGCCAGCUUGAUAGCCACCGGGCUUUUGUGGUCAAGUAUGCGCUGGGCCAGGACCUGGAGCUGGGCUGCCACUACGAUAAUGCCGAGCUCACCCUCAAUGUGGCUCUGGGCAAGGCCUUCACAGGGGGUGCCCUAUACUUUGGGGGCCUCUUCCAGGCACCUGCAGCCCUGAUGGAACCCCUGGAAGUGGAUCAUGUGGUGGGCCAGGGUAUCCUGCACCGCGGUGGCCAGCUGCACGGGGCUCGGCCCCUGGGCACCGGAGAGCGCUGGAACCUUGUCAUCUGGCUCCGGGCAUCUGCUGUUCGAAACCGCCUCUGUCCUAUGUGCUGCCAGAAGCCAGAGCUGGUGGACGAUGAGGGCUUCGGCGAUGGCUUCACCCGGGAGGAGUCUGCCGUGGUAGAUGUAUGUGCACUGACUUGAGCCUGGUCCCCCAGGGGCGGUGGUGCCAUGGCACCAGGAAACUGCCAGCUUGGGUGGGGAGGGCAGAAAUAAACUCUAUAGCCAUGACCCUCCUUGGGCCAAAGGGACAUGCCUGACUCCCCGGUCACUCUUUGGACAGAUGGAGUCGAGUUUGAGAUGAAAUAUUGAGGGUCGAGGGUGGAGCAGGUUCAGGAAGGGAAGGAGCCCCAAAGAAUGUCCAGCCUCAGCCUGAUCCCUGGGGAGCUCUGCCUGGGGUGGGGGACUCAGUCAGUGACUCCUUGGAUAGGGUGGCUCCCAGGGACUUAAGUGGGGUUCAUUGGUCUGUCAGCAGUGCUGGCGAGUGGGAAGCCAGACUUUCUGGGUUCAGGCCUCUGUUCUGGCACAGAAUUUGUUUGCAGCCUGGCUGUUGUGACAAGCUGACAUUUAUAAAGCACUUUAUAACAGCCCUCUGUUUCCUGUUGUUAUUUAAGAGCUUAGAACUGGUGGUUUGGAGAUUGACUGAGGGGUGCACAUAGCUGUGCGCUGUUCCGGAUACAUAUUCCUGGGGACUUCAGUUGUAAGUCUAAGUACUCAGGGAAAGUGCUGAGAUACAGAAACACCUCCCUCCAGAUGGAGCAGUCUCAGCUAGACACCUGACAGGCCGGGGAUUCAUUCCUUAAUUGGUUGUCAUGAUCCCUGGCUCAUGAUGGGCAACUGGACUUGCCACCUCCAGCAGUGAGUGACGUAAGAAAUACCAGCUGUCUUCAGUCCAUUGGAGCUCUCAGUCUGGUGGAGUGGACAGACCGGCAGACUAACCAGGGAAAACAGUAGGAGGGUGGCUUUCAGGAGAGUGAGAGGCCCGAGGGCUUGCGGCUGGCGCAGGGCCACAAUCAGACUCCCACCCACGUAAAGACACCACUUGUUGGAAGUGGGUGUGCCAGAAGCGG